CUCCGGUGCGAAUUUCCUUAUGUUUACUAUUUCUUCAUGUCGACUUUCCAGUUGGCAUUUGCGUACCGAGCAUUAACGAUGUUUACGACUAUAUGUUUCUAAGAACUCACGUUCCUGUUGGCUACUGUUGACCUUUCAUUUUCACGACGCACGACUUCAGCAUUCGGCAUUGGCAUUUGCAAGUUCAUCUUGACGUUCUUGCCUAAUGUGGUGGCCGACGAACCUGUACUUUUCUAUUUCUACUACAACAAUCUUAUCACGGCCUCGGGAGGCGUGUAGGAGUCUCGAUGAUUACUGGCCACACUGCUGCCUUUGUCAGGACUCCACUCGCCCCCACUCAAUAUAUUAUAUCGACUAUUUCCUGCGGACCGACUCGAGCGACACUAUCACACACCCAUUGCCUCAUGACGAUGGCGAAAAUAAGGGCACGUACACAAUGAUGAUAUUUUGCUUGUUGAUACGGGUGUCAUGCGUGUGGAGUUAUUCUUUCUGGCCGGAGUGGAUUUAGCGAGCGGGGGUUGGAUUGCGCACACUGAUGAUUUU